GGAGAAGUGGAGACUCCAAUGCGGACCAAAGAGUUCCAGUGUGGAGGAGAUGAGUCCUCUCUCCUGGACUGUAGAAGCUCAGGAUCAGAUAGAAACACCUGCUCACCUGUCGGACUCACCUGCUCAGAUCCAGAGAACAUCCGGUUGGUGGGUGAGGCCAGCCGCUGCGCUGGUACACUGGAGGUUAAGAGCCAGGGGGACUGGAGACCAGUGGACGACUGGGACUCUGAGUGGGACAUGACGUCUGCAGCCGCAGUGUGCACACAGCUCCAUUGUGGUUCUGCCGUCUCAACAGAAAUAAAUAGAGAUUUUCCAGACAGACUCGUGUGGUGGAUCACAGCGUCCUGCGUCCAGUCAGCAGCUGCACUGUCGGAGUGUGUCAUGAUGACAGAUUAUGAUGAAUCCUACGUUGGCCUGGACCUGAUCUGCUCAGAUUUGCUGACUCGGCCAAACAUCUCCUUGUCCUCGGCUGAUGGGGAGCAGCUGGAGCUCCAGGUGCUCACAGGCUCCGACUUCAACAUCUCCUGCUCUACAGAACCACAGUACCCAGGAGGCUCCUUCCAGCUCAUCUUCACCUCCACAAACAGGGCCAAGAACCACACCCUGCCAGCUGUCAAUCACUCUGCACACUUCCCGUUCUUUUCUGCAGGCCGCACCCACCGAGGGGAGUACCGCUGUGUUUACCACGUCUACGUUUUCUCCCAGAACUUCUCCUCUGAGAGCCGGACGCUCCGCCUCGCUGUCUUAGCGUCUGUGAGCGAGUUAAUGAUCCGACUGGUCGUCCUGCUGCUGGGCCUGCUGCUCCUCAUCACUGCCCUCUGCUGCAGCUCCAAGGCCAGCAGAAGCCAGAAGUCAGGAUGAGAGAAGAAUACUGAGGUGAAAGAUGAAGGAUUCUGAAGGUUCAGAGGAAAGAGUCUCUCAGAGAGAAGAAAAAGAUCUCAUCUACUCCUACGGAGUCACUGAUCACCCCUGAAGUCUCGUCUUCACCUGCAGUGGUUGGUUGCAGUGUUGCACAUCUGAAUAAAUUACUGUCACAUUUUAAGAAGCUCUUAUUAAACUUAAAUUAUUUUAGUGAUUUUUAAUAUAUUUUAGAUGUUAAAAAUGUAUAAAUGCAUCCGUCUGUCCAAGACGUGUUGUCGUCUGCUCAAAUUUCAACAGACGUAAAGUGCAAAUGUGGAGGGAUAAGAAAUAUGUAUCAUAUAUGUCACAUAUUGUAUCAUGAAUUUAUAAUUAGAUAUGGUACUAUUCUAUUUGUAUUUUGUAUAUAAACAGACAGUUGGAUGCAUAUUUUGAUUAAUUUAUA